ACCAGAGGUCUCUGGUUACCUCUGAAGGAGGGGCUGCUGCUGCUGGCUUUCUCCUUCCUCAUCCUCCAUGGGUUGGGGGCUGAGCUUUUAAGUUCAGAUGCUGCUGACUCCAUUGUGAUCCGCGAUCCAGCUCCUCCUCCCCCUCCCCCUCCCCCUCCUCCAAGUCGGGUUUUUCUUUUCUUUCUUUCUUUCUUUCUUUUUUUUUGCAGGGGAAAAACAAAACAAGAAAGAAAGAAAAGAGAUUUGUUUUUCUUUGUGCUAACCGUUCCUAGCGGGAGUUUUGCUGCACAAGUUGCACGCGAGAGAUCCGAGCUUGGUGAGAACCGAGGCUUCGCGGCCAUUCAUUCCUCGAUCGGGGAUCCAGAUAAAAUCCAUGUGACAUCAGUCGAAAUGGCCAAAACUGAGUCGGCUCAGAUCCUGGAAGCCUACAAAGAGGUAGUUGCUGCCUCCGCCAGGGGUCAACAAGACCUCUUAGCCCCUGAUCGAGGAAGCCUCUACCAGGAUGUCAUGCAAGAAGGCUACAAGACACUGCUGUCUGGGGCCCCUCCUCUUCAGCUACAAGCAGGAUUUCCAAUCCACAAAUCUGAACUACUGGCCCGUCUGGAGCCAGAGCCACAGGCCUGGGCCCCACAAGUCCAGAGGUCCGACGACAGUGCUGAGGACCAGCCAGCUAAACAGCAGCUGACCAGGAGUCCAGAGCCAGGGACGUGGUGGAAUUCCUACCGGAGCCCAGUGAGCGUGCCCAGUUCAGACUCAUCUUCUUCAGAUAACGAAUCAUCAAGCGAGAAAGAGGAAGAGAGGAAUGUUAAGACAGAAGGUCUGAGGAUAACAAAGCCUCGGGCGGCUUUGCUGGGCAAAUGUGAGUUGCAGCAAGAAGGCUGUGAGUCUUGGCAGACAGGACAGCCGCAGGACAAUAUGAGGAUGCCAUUUUGUUGGACGAGUGAAAAAGGCAGAGGAUUCCUUAAGAGCAGAAAGAGGAAGUCAGGAAUGGAUCCCGAGAAGAAUCUGUUUGUGUGCCCCCAUUGUGGGAACGGCUUUAACAGGAAAUCGUCACUUAAGAGGCAUGUGGAAACAAUCCACGAUGGAACCAAACUUUUUGAAUGGCCACCCCGUAGGAAAAAUGUUCUUGAAAAAUCAAACUCUGAAACCCAUGUGAGGAAACGCCUGAAAACCUCCCAUUCGGGAAAGGAACCUUACGAAUGCCCUGAGUGUGGGGAAAGCUUCCAGACGAGUGCCUCUUUCACCAAGCAUCGAAGGACUCACACCAAUGAAAUACGAUUCCAGUGUCCUGCCUGUGACAGAAGCUACAUAAAACAGCGGUAUCUUGUCAAACAUCUGAUAACAGCUCAUUCAGGAGCCUAUCUCUCCAAAUGCCCAGACUGUGGGAAAAGCUUUCUCGGCGAGGGAGAUCUCAGUAUGCACCAGACAAAAAUCCAUGGGGGAGGAGGUUUCCAUCAGUGUCUGGACUGCGGGAAAUGUUAUCAAGAGAAACUCUCCCUAAUUAGUCAUCAGGCUUUGCAUACAAAGCAAGAUCCCUUCAAGUGCCCAGAGUGUGAGAAGACCUUUGUGUGUAGCAGAAGCCUGGCUAACCACUGGCGCAUCCACCAAAAAGAGAAACUUCAUAAAUCUCUGAACCAGGAGGGAAGUGAUACGGAGGAAUCUCUUUAUAAGUGUCCUGAUUGUGGAAAGUGUUUCAAGGCCGAAAGAUGUUUUGUGAAUCAUCAGAGAAACCACAUGAAGGAGCAACAAAGUCUACAGCCUGACCAAGGGGAGGUCUUGAAGGUGGAAGUACAAGAUCCAGAAAUCCACACAGAAAUGCAAUGCCAUACAGAGUCUGCUUGUAGAAAAUCACUUGGAGCCCGUUUAUCCCAGCCAGAGGCUGAAGUGGAAGAAAUGCUCCAUAGGUGUCCUGAUUGCGGGAAGAUCUUCAGGGACAGUCAAUGUUUUGCUAAUCAUCGGCGCACGCACAUUAAAGAGGGAACAUCUGACAAUGCUGACAGUGAGGAAACAGUUGAAAAAAGAAAGCUACCCCAACAGGAACAGCACCUUAAAGGAAAACCCUAUCAGUGCAGUAUUUGUGGGAAGUCUUACGCAACCCAGUACAAUCUCAACAGGCAUCAGCGCAUCCAUGCAGACAGAAGACCCUAUAAAUGUACCAUCUGUGGGAAAACAUUUUCCUACAGAUACAGUCUAGCUCUUCAUGAAACCACCCACAAAAAAGGAAAAGCCUGUCCACAUAAAUGUUCUUAUUGCGGAAAGGGGUUUACCACUGAAUCAUCCCUCUCGAGGCACCUACAACGGCAUCUAAUGGGAAGGCCUUAUCAGUGUAAUGUCUGCGGGAAAGCCUUCCCCUACAAAUAUUCUCUCACUCACCAUCAGGAAAUCCAUGUGCAAGGACAGGCCCAUAAAUGUCUUUUCUGCUAUAAAGUCUUCAGAACCAAACAUUCCCUUCAACGACACAAGCGUAUUCACAUGGAGACAAGAUCCUACCAGUGCUCUGUCUGUGGAAAAGCCUUUGCAACAAAAUAUUCUUUCUGUAGACAUCAGGACAUGCAUUUGAAUGGAUGUCUUUCCCCCAGCAGUGGGAAAGGUCAAGUUGAUGGCUCAGCCCUGGCAGUAGAACAGGCAAGUGAUAUAGAUGAAAACUCCAACAACUGGUCUGGCAGUUCAACUCUUUCUGGACACCAUGUGGAAGAAACCCCUGUUGAAUGCGCCAAGAGUGCAGAUGGCUCCCCGCUUGCUAGAUGCCAGAGUGUCCAUGUAGAAGAAAAUCCCUCUAAAGCGUUAGACUGUGAGGGAACCUUUAGAGAUCACUCUGUGUCUCUUCAAGGUCAAACUUGCCAUGCCGCUAUGAAUGCCAGCAACGGGACUCAUACUUCAGCAGGUGCUGAGCAUCAGGGAGUCCACAUGAAAGAACCAACUGCUGAAUUCUCCAACAGAGUUGACAGUGAUAUCUCCACUAAGGACCAGAGCACCCACUUAAAAGAAAAUUCCAUUAAAGGUUUUGAUGAUGGUGACAUUGUCAGGGAUCACUUGAUGGUCACUAGAUUUCAAGGUAGCCAUGCUGAAGAAGAUGUCCUCAAAGGGACUUACAAUUUUGUCUACCCUAGGCAAGAAGGAGCUUGUAUGGAAGACAGCGUCCCAGACUCCUCAGAGAAGAGAGAAGUGUUCACAGCUAGUCUAACCCUUAAAAAACUUCAGAACAUCCACAGAGGAGUAAAUCCCAUUCCAGCAUUAGAUGGAGAUGCACCUUGCAAAGAUAGCUCAACCCACUCCAGCCUUCAAGGCCAACAAAAGUAUACUUGUUCUUACUGUGGGAAAACUUGCAGAGACAGAUAUUCUCUCAAUAGACAUGAGAGAACCCACUCGUCAGAGAGGCCAUAUCAGUGCAAAGAGUGUGGGAGAAGGUUCCGUGAAACCAAAAACCUUAUCAAGCAUCAGCUAACUCAUUCAGACCUCCGUCCCUAUCCAUGCACCGAAUGUGGGAAACAUUUCAAAUCCAAGUCCAACCUUGGUAAACAUGAAAUGGUCCACAAGAGACCUUUUAGCUGCUCUCAUUGUGGCAAAAGACUCACCACCAGAACAAUUCUUAAGAAUCACCUGAGAACCCACACAGAGGAGAAACCAUUUAAAUGUAGUGAGUGUGGCAAAGAUUACAAAACAAAGACAGCCUGCAAGAAACACAGGGAGACACAUUUCAAAGAGGGCUCAUCAGAGGUGCCCAAAGUGGAUCCGUCCAAUCAGAUUUUUUAAGUCUUGUUUUCCAUGAUGUAAUGUGACAGUCACUGAUUGACUAUAUGAGGUGCUUCAAGACUCAACCUAGGGAGUGUCAGGGCAUAAACAUUUGCAUAUUCCAGAGGGGUAGCUAGGUUACUAUUUUGCAGCAAAAAUAAACCGGUAUUUUGGGACACCUUAAAGGUGUAACAAACUUUUAUUCUAGCAUAAUUUUUCUGGACUAGAGCCCACUUUUUCAAAUGCUGUGAAUGCAUACUCAGAGAAACCCGGGAUCUUCAUAAAAGGAAAGGUAAUCCGCUACCUCACAAACACUGCCUUUACCUGUGCAGCCUGAAUGCACCUAUUGUCUUAACACAGGAAAUGAUGUUCUUGUUGCCACUUCCAAUUAUACCCUCCUGUUAAUUUCACUCAGGGCAGCAUGCAUGGUUUACCCUCCCCUGUAACUUCACAACCUUCAGGGUAGGUUAGGCCAGGAGAGUGACUGAGCCAAGAUCUUCCAGUAAGCGGCAAAGGAAUUGGAAUCCAGGUUGUCUGGGCACAGAACUAGAUGGGACUGUGUCCUGGGGACGCACCACUGUUUUAACCACUGGGGAACUUUUUUUUAGCAGUGCUGCAGGGGCCCACUUCUGGUCAGACUAUUAAGGGGGGGGGGUCUCUUUCUUUCCCUCCUGCACUAUUUGUCUAACUUGGAAUGGCAGCUGGAGAGCAUUAUUUACUGAUAUCCACCCCCUCCCCCAGUGUCAUUCUGGUGCAUCAUAGGGGAAUGUAGGUGCUUCUUCUCCUGUGAUGGUUGCAACUUGAACUGGACCCCCAUGGCUCUGUUAAACAGAGUUCCCCAGAGGGAGUUCACUGCUCCAAAAUGGCAGGGCAUCUCUGGGGCAUCUGAUUUGGACCUCAGAGUCUUUCACUGUGAUACCAUUCUGACUGUCAGUACUGUCAAUAUUGAAGCUUACUGAGGAGACAAAGGUGCGGGAAAGCAAAAGAGGAAAAUGGUGAGAAUAGUGAAGUAGCUUCUCAAGCUAGCUGGGAAGAGUGGGGACUUCCCAUAAUUCCUCUAAAGCAUCAUCCUUCAAGGGUGGAAAUGAAGUAUUGGAACCUGUUGUUUAACCUGACAGGUCAAGUCUGAUGUGCAAAUGGUCUGAAUCCCAAUU